AUGGAAUAUCCCAAAAGAGAGCUAAUGGAGGUGCUGUUUGCAGAUCAGCUUGAAUUUGUUGGAAAAGCUUUGAUAGACAUGAGACAGAAUCCGAUAAGCAACCAAAUUCUGAGCCAACAAAACAAAUCUCAUUCAUAUGGAGCCGGUAAUUUAUAUCCUGAAGAAAUACAAAGCUGGGGAAGUAAAACUGUCUACAAUAACAUCAAUAGUCAUCAGUUUGAGAAUGUGAAAGCGGCUGGCUACAAUAAUUUGUCAACUACACCCCAAGUAUUGUCAAGCUCUGUCCCGCCGAAGAAAUCAUCGUCACCGUCAGUUAUUCUGUCGAGGCCGGAAGCAUCUGAUUUUUUUGACCCAUUCAACCAUACGCAGCAGAAUAAUUUCAGUACAUCUACGAGUUCUGUUUUGUCUCGCCUUAAUAGCUACCAUCCUCCCACAAUUUGGGACGAUAGUAAAAAAUCUCACAACAGGCUCGCAGGUGGCGCUACAGUCUGGGGUUGA